GGCUCGGUGCGAGGCCGGAAUAAACCCAACCGGCAUAUAUAUGUGGCAGUGAGGUGUGACACUUCCAAGAAAGCGAGCAAAGCCUCUCACCUAAAAUAAUAAAGAGACAAAGAGAGAGAGAGAAAAGAAAAAGGAAGAAAGAGAGGGUCAACAAAAGCUGCGUAAACGCACAACUCUUUUCAGGCCGAUAAAACCCACCGCGGGUAGAAUGAGGGCGCAGAUUCAAAGAGUGCCGCAAAUAGUGGAGCUGCUGAAGAAGAAGUCCGUCGGGCUACAACACUUCAAGGCCACAUCCUCGGUGUGCGUCCUGGAGGAGAAAGAUGCUGUGGAGGUUGCGCGGUGCCCGCACGCCGCCUCCUCCUCCGCCUCUUCCUCCUCCUCCUUCUCGGGGACGCACAGUCUGGAUGCCAUUCCCGGACCGACCAACUGGCCUCUCGUCGGCAGCCUGGUGGAGCUCCUGCGAAAAGGAGGACUCACCAGACAGCACGAAGCACUGGUGGAUUAUCAUAAAAGGUUCGGUAAAAUCUUCCGCAUGAAGCUGGGCUCCUUCGAGUCAGUGCACAUCGGCGCGCCCUGCCUGCUGGAGGCGCUGUAUCGCAAGGAGGGCGCGCACCCGCAGAGGCUGGAGAUCAAACCUUGGAAAGCCUACAGGGACCUGCGCGAUGAGGCGUACGGGCUCCUCAUCCUGGAGGGAAAAGACUGGCAGAGAGUGAGGAGUGCCUUCCAGCAGAAGCUGAUGAAGCCGACAGAGGUGGUGAAGCUGGACGGCAAAAUCAACGAGGUGAUGGCUGAAUUUGUGAGCAGAAUUGGAAAAAUCAAUAUGGAUGGCAAGAUUGAAGAUUUGUACUUCGAACUCAAUAAAUGGUCUUUUGAGACCAUUUGUCUAGUGCUCUACGAUAAGCGUUUUGGUCUGCUGCAAGAGAAGGUUGACGAGGAGGCCAUGAAUUUCAUCACCGCUGUCAAAACGAUGAUGAGCACGUUUGGCAUGAUGAUGGUCACGCCCGUGGAGCUCCACAAGGGCCUUAACACCAAAACAUGGCAGGACCACACCGCCGCCUGGGACCGAAUUUUCAGUACAGCAAAAGUUUACAUCGACAAGAAGUUGAAGCGAAACGCCCCCGAAGCACCGGAUGACUUAAUUGGCGAAAUCAUGUACCACAGCAGCCUCUCUAAGAAGGAGUUGUAUGCCACCAUCACCGAGUUGCAGAUCGGCGGCGUGGAAACGACUGCCAACAGCAUGCUGUGGGCUAUUUUCAACCUGUCACGUAACCCCGCCGCCCAGAGGGAGCUGCUGAGCGAGAUCACAAGAGUGGUGCCCGCCGACCAGCCCCCAUGCGGAGAACACCUCAAGAGCAUGCCCUACCUCAAAGCCUGCCUCAAAGAGUCCAUGAGGUUAUCGCCGUCCGUUCCAUUCACAAGCAGGACCCUGGACAAAGACACUGUGUUGGGAGAUUACGCCAUUCCCAAAGGAACAGUUCUGAUGAUCAACAGCCACGCCAUUGGCGCCAACGAGGAGUACUUCAACGACGGCAAGGUCUUCAAGCCCGACCGUUGGCUUCGUGAGAACAGCUCUAUCAACCCCUUCGCCCACGUCCCAUUCGGCAUCGGCAAGAGGAUGUGUAUCGGCAGGCGGCUGGCCGAACUGCAACUCCAGCUGGCGCUGUGCUGGCUUGUCCGAGAUUACGAGAUAGUGGCAACGGACGAGGAGCGGCUUGACGUGAUCCACUCUGGAUUGUUGAUUCCCAGCAGAGAACUACCAGUCGCCUUCAUCAAGAGAUGAGGCGCUGUAUUCCUUCAAUGGAAAGACGAUACCUCUGUUGGACCACUGACUCCCUGUAUUGCUGCUCUGUAAAUAGAAAGACACAAAAUUGAGAACCAUGUAAUCACACCAUAAAUACCUCAAAUUUAUUUAAAAGUAUUACUCAAGACUGUUGAUGGCUAAAGUAGCAGUUAUUGUGUACAAAUUAAGCAUAGGCAGCUCUCUUUAACUCUAUUAACGUCCUGUAUGCAUUUGUUUUGUCUCCAUGUUUAUUUCCAUUGUGUAUAUAAAGUGCAAUUACAAGGUACACUGUUUUACAUAUCACCUAUGUUAUUUUACGGAAAUAAAAAAUGAAUAAGUACAA